AGUUUGGCACUAGCUCCCCGCCCAGAGCCGUUCCACUGCCCAAGUCCUCACAGGCAAGUGAGUCUCCAGGAGGAGCUCAGAACCUGCGAGUUCGGGUGUCCCAAGUCCUUCUGCCUGGACAUCUGCUGGUGACACUUCUCCCUCCUGUUGCCUCCCGUGAAAGCCCCACCUUGCGGCAGGCAGAGCAGCUGGCCUGCCCUCCUGCCUGCACAGACCCUCAGCUCAGCAUGCAUCCCCCAGGCUCCAGGUUGUUGCUGGUCUCCUCCCUUCUCUUCGUUGGACUGUCAGUUGCCCCUCAAAGCUUCUCACCAUCUCUGAGAAGCUUGUCCGGCGCCCCCUGCAGGCUGUCCAGGGCCGAGUCCGAGCGUAGAUGUCGUGUACCUGGGCAACCCCCAGGGGGUGCCCUGUGCCAUGACCGUGGCCGGUGCGAAUGCGGGGUCUGCAUCUGUCAAGUGACUGAACCUGGCACCUAUUUCGGACCGCUGUGUGAGUGUCACGACUGGGUGUGCCAGACCUACGACGGGAAAACCUGCGCAGGCCAUGGUACCUGUGACUGCGGCAAAUGCAAGUGUGAUGUGGGCUGGUCUGGAGAAGCUUGCCAGUACCCAACCAAGUGUAACCUGACAAAAAAAACCAGCAACCAGAUGUGCAGGAACUCUCAAGAUGUCAUCUGCUCCAAUGCAGGUACAUGCCACUGUGGCAGGUGCAAGUGUGAUAAUCCAGAUGGAAAUGGACUUGUUUAUGGCAAAUUUUGUGAGUGUGACGAUAGAGAAUGCAUAGAUGACGAAACAGAAGAAAUCUGUGGAGGCCAUGGGAAGUGUUACUGUGGAAACUGUUACUGCGAGGCUGGUUGGCAUGGAGAUAAAUGCGAAUUCCAGUGUGACAUCACCCCCUGGGAAAGCAAACGAAGAUGCACAUCUCCAGAUGGCAAAAUCUGCAGCAACAGAGGAACAUGUGUUUGUGGUGAAUGUUCUUGUCACGACGUUGAUCCAACUGGGGAUUGGGGAGACAUUCACGGGGACACGUGUGAGUGUGACGAAAGAGACUGCAGAGCUGUUUAUGAUCGAUACUCUGAUGAUUUCUGUUCAGGUCAUGGGCAGUGUAACUGUGGACGAUGUGACUGUAGAACAGGCUGGUAUGGGAAGAAUUGUGAGCACCCAAAAUCCUGCCCAUUGUCAGCUGAGGAGAGCGCCAGGAGGUGCCAGAGCGGCUCUGAACUGCCUUGUUCUGGAAGGGGCAAAUGCGAGUGUGGCAGAUGCACUUGUUACCCUCCAGGGGACAGCAGGGUAUACGGCAAGACCUGCGAGUGUGAUGACCGGCGCUGUGAAGACCUGGAGGGUGUGGUCUGCGGAGGCCAUGGCACAUGCUCCUGUGGUCAUUGUGUUUGUGAGAAAGGAUGGUUUGGCAAGCUCUGCCAACACCCACGGAAGUGUAACAUGACAGAAGAACAAAGCAAGAGUUUGUGUGAGUCAGCAGAUGGCAUGUUGUGCUCAGGGAAGGGUUCUUGCCAUUGUGGAAAGUGUAUUUGUUCUGCGGAAGAGUGGUAUAUUUCAGGGGAGUUUUGUGACUGUGAUGACAGAGACUGCGACAAACACGAUGGUCUCAUUUGCACAGGGAAUGGAAUCUGUAGCUGUGGAAACUGUGAAUGCUGGGAUGGAUGGAAUGGAAAUGCAUGUGAAAUCUGGCUUGGCACUGAAUAUCCUUAAUGAUUCUAUGGGAGACAACUGGAUUCUCAUUUCUAGGCCAUUUUAGAAAUUUAGAGGAAAACGUGUAUACAGCAGUAGGAAAAACUAUUGUGUAUUUUUUCUAUUUCUAACUGCCUGAGUGAAAUAUGGGUCUUCAUUAGAAAUGACUUUAGCAAACUGAUGUAAAUUAUACCAUGAAGAAUUGUUCUCCCAUAAUUAACAUCAGUGUUUCACAACUGAGGAGGACAAUUUUGCAACCCACAAGACAUUUGGCAAUGUCUACAGAUAAUUUUGUUAUCAUACUGGGUAUGGUAGGAGUCCUUGUGCUAUGAGCAUUUUAGAGGUAGUGACCAUAGACAAUGCUGAAAACUCUACAGAAAAUAGAAAGACCUUCACAGCAAAGUAUUUUCUGAUACCCAAUCUUUGCCAAUAAGUAGUGAAAAAUGCCAAAUUGCAUGGUAUUUAGGACUCUACAGUCUGACACCACUGAAACACUGUAUCAGAAUAUAAGGAUGAUAUUUAUUCUCACAUAAACCAUUCAGUAGAAUUUUUCCAGGAUUCUUUAUGACUCUGAAUUUGCAUAUUUGGGAAAAUAAUGACAGACACAUAUGACAUGUAAUGAUAGGUGGGAAUUUACCAGAUCAAAAGGGCUUUAUACUCACAAGAAUGUCUUACAGGAAGAAAUAAAAAAUGUACAAGUUGACAUUUUAAUAAAUAGUGACAUAAGUUUUUUUUAUAUUCUGUGCCAAUAUCUAUUUAUGCACUGAAAACGAACACGACAUAAAAAUGAAUUGGAAUGCCCACUUUAGAUCCCAGGAACUAACAGGCCAUGUUUUUUAAGACUAGGCAUGAGUUACAUGUACAAGAAAUCUGGUUUUUAUUUAAAUUGAUUCAUAUAAUGUGUCCUCUGAAGAAAACAGUGUCUAGUUAGAAACACAAGGAUCCUCAUACUGCAUUCAUUGCUCUUAAAAGACUUCCUUUUCUUCAAAGAAGUGGAAGGGUCAAAAAGAACAAUACCUGUUUUAGAAGUUCAGAAAUGGACUCCAAAAUCUAUAAAUACCUUAAAUCAAAAUUACAAAUAUUCACUCAGUGAUAGGAACAAAAUGUUUAUUUUCUUGGUGAAAUUUUGCUUUGUAUGAAACUCACAUUGAAUUAUGAAAAUGUACAAUAUUUGGGGUUCCCUUGCAUAUAUACAGUUAGAUCUACUUAUACACAUAUUUGAAGCAACCAUUAUUUAUAGCUAAAAAAAUACCUUUUUCCUAAAUGUGAAUUAUUUGUAAAAUCCUAAAAUAACAUAGCAAAAUCAUUUCUGUAUUGUUUUAAGAUGAAAUUUUACUUGCAAAUUUUAUAUUAAUAAUGUAAAUAGUCUAGAGUCAUGGCUUGGACUUUAUCAGUCAAGUCACCAAAAGUAAAGAAAACAUGCCUCCACUGUAUUACUUAAAAAAUUAAAUACUGAAAAGUAUUUGAAGAGUCAAUUUCACUGGUGCUGGUUUUAUAGUAAUAAUAAGGUUCUGAGAAUUUAAACUAUUUAUAAAAUUGUUGCCUCUAUCCUGAGAUUAGGGGACCCAGCCAUAUAGGUUUUAUUUCUAUUACUGAGCUGGCAAUCAAUGUCAGUUUUAUAAAAUGAAGAAAAUAUAAGGAGUUAAGGUAUAGUAUGGAUGAUUGCGUUUUUCCUCUUCUCUAUAUUUUCCUUUUCUUUAUAUACAUUUUAAGUCAAUUACAAUAAUUCAGUAGCAAUUCUGAUGAUAUGUUUGGUGAUAUCCAAACAUGAGAGUCAAUGACCAUUCCCUCAUGGUACAAAGACCUUCUGAUUUCCCUACUGCAGGACUCAGCCUUCUUUAAAGGUGUGAACAAUGUAUAAUAGAUAUUAGAUAAACCACUGUAGGAUUUUUCUUUAAUUGUUUAAUAUUUUAAAAUUGUAAUAAAUAAAAAUCCAUCCUGAACCAUACAUAAACAGGUUGUGGGCUGACUUUAAUCACAGCUGUGCAUGAUAGUUUGCCAGACUUGCCCUUGGAAUUACCUCCAGAUCCCAUUCAUCACCCCAGGUGUGUGUUUUUUAAUUAUUACAAUUCUCUCUCUAGUUUUUAUCAUUUCUAUCAGUAGCUUCUACCACAAAAUUAUGUGGUGUUCUUAAAUCUUCACAAGAAAAAGUGUUAAAACAUCAUUAGCAUAUAAGUGUUCUCAGAAUAGAGUUCAACAUUGGAGAAAUGGUAAUUCCAUGAAGAUCAAAAUGUGUCUUAAAAAUUUAGACAACAGGAAAGUAUGUUGUAGUUUGCCAUGUUCUGGAGUGUGUUAUUACAAAUUAUGGAAGGAAGCUAAUAUAUGUCUCACAGUAACCUAAACUCUAAUCAGUUUUUUUCUUAGAAAACUGACUUUAGAAAACCUUCAGUUUGUUUGCUGUAACAUGUGUGUGUAUGUGUGUGUGAAAAUCACACACACUUUUGUUUAAAAAAAACCGAAAACAAAAAAACAUGGUGACAGGCAAAGACAUAAUAUAUCUCCUACCUUAAUUUGAUUCUGCACUUUGACUCCAAAAUAGAAAGUACCUCAUUGAAAAUGCUGAGCAAGGACAAAUUUUUAAUGAGUAGGAGAAAGUAAGCAAAUCUCUUUGGUUUGCUUGUGAUUUUCAAAAAUUACACUGGGACCCAUGAUAAUUGAAAAGGUGGCAUUAGGUUCACCAGUGGUAAUGAUUCUGAUCCUCACCGCACUUGUUUAACAAACCAUGAGUGGAGAAUCCUUCCAGAGGGAUUAUAAAAGUCAACAAAAGUCCUCAAGAUAUGAAGAGAACCAUUGUUCCUACUGCCUUUAAGAAAUCCUAAGUUCAUCUGGAUUCCAGCAGCACCAAGAAUGACUUACCUCUACCAGCUCAAAAGCAAACUCAGCCUCACCAGCAGAUAUCAAGAUUAGACUAAAUGAGAACCGAGAACAAGGAAAACAAAAACCACAACAGUCUCAAUCUGCAAACUCAACUGUCACAACUUUGAAACCCACACAGUAUUCCACAUAUUCACAUAGAUUUGUGUGUUACUUUUUAAGCCAAUCCUUGUGUCCUUUAUUUCAGAACAAUACAAUUUACAUUCUAUAUUUGACUAAAUCUGUAUUUUAGAAAAUAAUUAGACAUUUAGCCUAAUUGUUUUCCUAUGAUAUGCCUGUUUUCUGAUAUAAAAUUGAAAAUCAUUUUAAACUAUUUUCUGUUUCUUUUAAAUUGAAACUUUGUCAUUCUAAUCUCAUGCUUCUUUUUCAGGGGCUAUCAAAUAUCUAUUAUCCAUGUAAUGUCUGAAAGAAAUUUUUUAACAAAAUAAUACAUAUUCAUUUUAGGGACCAACAAAGGAUGUGUUGGGGUUUGUUUGCUUAAAGUACCAAAUCUGAUAUCGGUCCUUUGGGGGAAAAUAUAUGGUUUAGUAGUUUAAUAAUUAAGAGGGAACGUAUGAUACAUUCUGUUUACUUGCUGGGAAGUCAAUAAUUAGAAAGACUAGAGCAAAAGUCAUGGGAUCCUUUUUGGAUCUAGUCCUCACUCCAAAGCACCCAGGAUAAGCAAACACUUAAAACAGAUCCCAAAUUCUCCAGAAUACAUUUAAAACAGAUCCCAAAUUCUCCAGAAUACAUAAGGAAAGGGUACUCAAUUACUUUUUACACUUCACACAGGACAGACUAUUUGAGUAUCUUCCAUAAUUAAUUCCUGGGAAAAAAUUAAAUUUCAGGAAGCAAACUUAUUUGGAAACAAAAAUUGUGACACUUGAGUUAUGUAAGAGACUAAUAUUAAUGAGCACUGUUGAUGGAUAGGUAAAGCAAUCAGCUACCAUAACAAGGUGGUAGAACUAUCCCUCCCCCACCAGAUGUGCAUGCAGAAGGAAUGGGUCUUUUAGAGACAUGUUACAAUGGAUAUACAUAGAGGGAGAUAUAAAACACACAGUCUAUAAAUACAAAUGUGUUCCAUCAGAUUUACUAUACAGAACAUCAGUGAUGACAUAUUGUACUUAAUUAUAGCAAACUUAAUUUCUGAGGGAAGGAAUGAUGAACUUCUUUCAGAAAAUUAGCAAGAGAGGUAUCAUCAAGGAGCUAAAGUUUUCUUUGGCAUGGUAAAGGGGAAAAUUGAAUUUAUCAACUUAUUUACAGAGAGUUCUCUAUAUUUAGGAUGAUACAAUGCUAUUUUGUACAUAAAGUUAUUUAUGGUUUCCAUAUGCUUUCAUAUGAGUAUUUUAUUUGAUAUGUUGUAUCUGUGAAUACAACAAAUGGUAAGAAACACAAAUUGUACAAUACAGACAAGCUCUCUGUAUGUAAAUAAAAAAAAUACAUACCAGUACCUCUACAUGGGUCCUAGUACAUGCAGUUCAUUUGGUGCUUUCCUCUUCCCAUGCAACAGGUGAGACCAGACACAAAGAAAUGGUCUAACUAAAUCAAAGGUAUAACAAGAACCCCUCUGCAAUGUAUCUAAACAUAUAUUUUUAGAAAGAAACCACUAGGAUUACAGUAAUACAUUCUCUCAUAGACAACUGACAACUCUUGGAAAACAAAACAGGAAAACAUUAACAUGAAUCUCAAUCAUUUACAAAAAUAAAUCUUGCCUUAAUUUUAACCACUAGCCAGGUCUUCAGAACAGAAAUUUCAACUAAUGCUGGCUAGCCAAAACAGAAAGGUAGGCUAGUUUUGGGGUGUGUGUACAUGUGGAUGGGUAUAAAUUGUGUUUAUAAGGCCAACUAAAAGGAGUUGCAAAUUAUUCACAUUUUACCACAUAUUAUGGUAUGUAUGUCUUCCCUAAAUAAUCAUUUAAUGGGUUUUGUCUAAUUAUGCAUAACAGCAAAUCAGUAAUGGUCAAAGGAAUCAUUUUUUGUAAUUGAGCAUUAUUGACAAUAAAUCUAUUCAAACAUUA